AUGUCGUCCUUUGCCAGUAGGAUGUGCGAUUGCUCUAUGUACGGCAAUGUGCCCCAUCAAGUUACUACCCGGAGUGCUUGGACAAGGCAUCUGGCGCUGAAGGCCGAAGACAGGCGUCAAGCUGUUCGAUUAGCUGUAUAUGGGAACGCAUUUGACCCUGAGAUUCCGGAGCUUGAAGAUCGUAGCCCGCCCCUUCCUUUAUCACACCCCGUUAAUCCGUGGGAACCCCCCUCGAGUCCUGUUCUACAGCUGCGCAAUUCAUCAGAUUCAGUCCCGGGCCCCGCCAGUUCCCGGCCCCCAAGCUCGUCUCCGAUUCCAGAGAUAGAAUACGACCUCCCAAUAAAUCAAAGUUCAUCGCUCUCGCCUUCACCGGCACCUGCAGAUGUCCACGCGAUUCGCAGCUCACAAUCGCAACAAAAUCCGACAGUAACCCCUCUCCCACUGUCAGCUACGCAAACAAUGGAGUCGGACGUGCCAUCACCGGUACAUGAGCCCGUUCAAUCUUCAGACGUUGAUCAUGGGCUUCCGCACAAUGAGAUAGGGGACUUACCACCAGUCGGGGACAUAUUGUUUACUGCCAGCUCAGACUCAGAAGUCGAGGCGCCAGAUCUCGGUGACUUGUUAGCUGAAUCAUCUUCCUCUUACGAUUCCGACGAAGAACCAGCUCUUGGACAGAUGAGACAGGGUUUCAUAGAAAGCAGUGGUAGCCCACUCGAGGAGUUUGAACCAGUUGAGGAAUCGUCAGAUGAAGAGCUAGGUCCCGACGUUCAGGAGCCGGAGGCAGACGCAGACUCUCCAGAGCCGGAGUUGGGGUUUGAUUACCGUAAUCCUACAGGCGAUCCCCUCACUAAACAGGACAUGUUGUCGAUUGCUCUCGAUGAUAUUACCCUAAAGCACAAGAUUUCUAGAGAAGCAUCGAAUGAUACCCGGGAGCUGUUCUCUAGUAUCAUUACCGACAAAAUGAUGGACUACCGUACAAUUCGCAAACAGAUUGAAAAGCGAACGGGGAUAAAAGAAAUUCUUUACGACUGCUGCCCUCAUUCCCACAUGUCUUAUGCUAUGUAUCCAGAGCUGGAAAGAUGCACACAUUGCGACCAUCCACGUUGGAUGGAGCCAAGUUCAAGGACCAGGAACCCACGCCUUAAAGUCCCCUAUGCCACGCAUAGCUACAUACCCGUUGCUCAUAGGAUUUCCCUAUUGUUCUCGAAAGCCGAACAAGCUUCCCUAAUGACAACAUACAGGUCUAUUGCCGAAAAGGAUCGCGAUAAAGGCUUGAUUUCUGAUUAUUGGUCAGCUGACCUCUUCAACGAUAUGAAAACUAGACACGGUCUUUUCAGCAAUGAUACCGACAUCGGUUUCUUGUUGAGCACAGACGGAGUGAAAGUCUUUAAGAGCAGACGAAGCUUUAGCAUUUGGCCACUGCUUCUGGUUAAUCUCAACCUACCACCAGCUGUGCGUUUCAAGAAACGUAACAUGCUACUAUUAGGUUUUAUUCCUGGACCGAAUAAUCCAAAAGAUAUAGAAUCCUUUCUAUUUCCUUUAAUACAAGAAUUCCUGCUUCUCGAGAGGGGUAUUCCCAAUGUUUGGAACGCCUCUCGCAAUCACAACUUCACACUCCGUGCUCAUAUUUGUCUCGUUGCUGCAGAUAUGCCUGGCAGGGAGAAGCUGAUGAAUUUUAAAGGAGUUUUUCAUCGGGGUGUUUAUUGCCCGCUUGAACCACCCACAAAUCCUGCACCACCGACCGUCCAGGCAAGAUACGGCGGCGAACCCCCUGAUUUGACUACAUAUGAUUCGUCUAAUCUACCUAUGCGGGAUGACACCCAAUCACGCCGUAUUGGCCUGCACGUUGUUCAAACUGGAGAUGAACAUACCGCAAAAAGGUAUGGAAUCAAAGGUCCUUGCUGUCUGUCACAGCUGAAGUCGAUAGACAUUCCGCGCAGUUUCCCUCCUGAUGCUAUGCAUCUUUGGUGGGAAAACAUCAUACCAGACUUGGUGAAACACUGGCGAGGAAGGUUCUUCUCGGACUUAGCUACUGCAAAUAUCAAUGCUGUUGCUGCUGCUGAUGAAGGCAUGGAUACUGAUGUUGAGUCGGAGGAAUCAGAGGAAUCGGGUAGUGACUUGGAAAUCGCGGAUAAUCAAAGUGCACGACGUCGUAGAUCUGUUCCUCGAAGGCCAAGAGCACGUAUAGCCCGGGGUAGAAACCGGAAUACACCUGUACCUUCACCCCCGGCUCCAGCUAGAUUUUCAGCAACGAAGAAAUUUGUACAAACAGAUGAUGAGUACAAUAUACGCCCAUCGAUUUGGUUAGAUAUCUCGAGAGAUAUGGUUGCCAGUGCAAACACCUUCCCAACACUGUUUGGUGACCCGAUACGCAAUUUUGCAGAGCACUGCCACCAUUUAAAGGCUGCGGAGUGGAGAACGUUUGCCUUUCUCUUGGCGCCCAUCUACCUAAAGGGUAAUCUUCCCGAUGAGGAUUACGAACAUUACCUCAACCUAAUAGACGCUAUUCAACUUGCCUGUGACAAUGAAAUCACUGUCAUCGAGGUGUUAGCUGUGGGGAGGCGUAUUAAAAGGUUUAUCCGGUAUUACGAAAACCGGUACUACAAAAAACAAUGGGAGAGACUGUCUGCAUGUUUACCUGUUUUUCAUCAGGUUCUACAUGUCGCAGACGGUAUCAGAUGGGCUGGGCCGAUGUUCGUUUAUUGGCAAUGGCCAAUGGAGCGCGUUUGCGGAAUGAUAGCAGCGUCGGCGAAGUCGCGUGUUUCCGCAAACCGCAAUAUGGCAAUUACAAUGUUGUUGAACGAGCGGCGUAAUCACCUGCCAUACGUAAUUGCACUCCCGGGUAUUGGCCAGGACGGAGAUAAUUCAGAGUAUGAGGAUCAGGACGGAAAUAUUCUCCUUCAUCGUUUCUUUGCUAGGCGACUAAAAGCAAUAUCUACAGUGCCCCCAGACCCAGAAGAGCGUUCUCGCAAACCUCAUUUCUCUCGGCCGGCUCGCAAACAUACACUGAGUAAUUGGGAAAGACGCUAUCUAAAGUUCUAUCUCCAGGAGCACAUUCGUCUGACGGAGGAGGGCUCAAUCGAAAGAUUUGAUAUGCAAGUAGCCUUGGAUAACUUACCUACUGAGUGUAUUAAAUGGUCGUCGUGCACAAUCUACCAUGAUCUGGACCCGUUUGUAGUCACUUCUUCAAGUAUGAAAAGGGUUAACGCCACAAGAAAUUCUUCCAUUGUAAUGUUCGAUUCAAAACUCGAAGAAGACGGGGUGGGAUACGGGGAGAUUAUUUUCUUUUUCAGUGUGGUCUACUCGGACGGUGCUCGUGUUGAGGAAGAGGGCAAUGUCGAAAACCGCUUAGAUUUGGCGUAUGUCCAGCAGUAUACAGUGGAAGAAGAUGGAAGACUGCUAUAUCGUUCGAAUGUCGGGAUAAAAGCUGUUAUUCCAGUGGAUAAUAUUGUAGAGAUGAUAGGACUCAUCAGAAAGAAUGGUCGCGAAUACCUCACUCGUAGAUACACCAGCUUAUUUUGA